UGGAAGCGAAAGAUGGAACGCGAAAAUUCCCAGGGUUUCCUUUCAAACCCUAUUCGAUUCAGAUUGAUUUCAUGAACAGCUUGUACCAAUCUCUCAAUCAAGGUGGCGUCUCUAUGUUGGAAAGCCCAACUGGGACUGGGAAAACCAUGAGUGUGAUUUGCAGUGCUUUGCAAUGGGUGAUUGAUCGGAGGUUACUAGAGGAAGUAGCGUGUGGUGAUGGUAGAGGGAAUGGUGACGGUGGGGUUGGUUCGGAUGACGAACCUGAUUGGAUGAGGGACUUUGUUGUCAACAAAGAGGAGAAUAAGAAGGAAGAGAAGUCCGGGUAUGUGUUUGGAAAAGCUCAUAAUAAUAAGAAGAAGAAGAAGAAGGAGGAGGAGGAAAUUAAGGAUUUUCGGGUUAUGGGCGUUGGAGAGUCUACUGUUGAAAAAGGGCGAGAGAGUUUGCAAAAGAAAAUUGGUGCAGUGGAUAUUAGUGACAAGGAGUUUUUACUAGAGGAGUAUGAGAGUGAAGAUGAGAAAGUACUAGGUAGUGGGGUGUCCAAGAGGAAGGCUGUUAAAAGUUCCUUUAGUUCGUCAAGUGAAGAUGAGUCUGGUGAGGAGGAAGAGGAGGAGGAUAAGAAGUUGAAGGUUUAUUUCAGUAGUCGGACUCAUUCGCAGCUUUCUCAGUUUGUAAAGGAGUUGCGGAAGACGGUCUUUGCUGAUGAGAUGAAUGUUGUGAGUUUAGGCUCCAGGAAAAAUCUUUGCAUUAAUGAAGAAGUAGUUACACUUGGAAACUCCACACGCAUAAAUGAGCGAUGCUUGGAACUCCAGAAGAAAAAGAAAAAUGAAGCUACAAAAGUUAAGAACUUAAAAAUAGGUUCAGGGGUACGCAGGACAAAGGCCUCUACUGGCUGCCCAAUGCUUAGAAAACAUAAAGUACAACAAGAAUUUAGGAAUGAGGUAACUCAGCAAGGGCCCUUGGAUAUUGAAGAUCUUGCAAAUCUUGGAAGAACCAUGGGAACUUGUCCAUACUAUGGCUCUAGAAGCAUGGUUCGGAGAGCUGAUCUUGUGGUCUUACCGUAUCAAUCUCUCCUGUCUAAAUCAUCUCGUGAAGCACUUGGUUUGAAUUUGAAAUCCAAUAUUAUUAUAAUAGACGAGGCUCAUAAUUUAGCUGAUUCACUCAUCAACAUGUAUGACUCCACAAUUACUGUAUCACAGCUGGAGACUGUGCAUUGCCAUGUGGAGCGGUACUUUUUGAGAUUCCGGAAUCUUUUGGGACCUGCUAAUAGGAGAUAUAUUCAAACUCUGAUGUUCCUGACACAAGCUUUUCUCCGAGUACUACUCGAUGAAAAAGAUGGAAAUCUUAUAGAGUUUUGCCGUGAUAUAGGUCGAGCUUCUGAUGUAGAGAGUAGAGCUUCUGAUUUUACUAUGGCCAUCAAUGAUUUUUUAUUUGAACUAAAUAUAGACAAUAUCAACCUGGUCAAACUGUUAAAGUAUAUAAAGGAUAGUAAUAUCAUGCACAAGGUUAGUGGUUAUGGAAAAAUGUUGGCUACCUUGGAGAAGAUACCAGCACUCCAUAAAAUCGGGGAACAUGAUGAGGAGGGAAGCUGUGUGUCUGCUUUCCAAGCCUUAGCUGGCAUAUUACUAUCACUGACAAACAAGGAUGGUGAUGGAAGGAUAAUAAUUUCCAGGUCUAGAUCAACGAGCCUCAGGAAGCAAGGAGGAUAUAUGAAAUAUGUUAUGCUCAGUGGAGAGAAGAUUUUCUCCGAGAUUGUAGGUGAAGCACAUGCAGUUGUAUUAGUAGGGGGAACGCUUCAACCUAUAGAAGAGACAAGGGAGCGACUCUUUCCGUGGUUACCAUCAAAUCAGUUGCAUUUCUUUUCAUGUGGUCAUAUUGUCCCUCCUGAUAGCAUCAUGCCAAUUUCAGUUCUGCGUGGACCUACUGGCCGCUGCUUUGAUUUCAGCUUCACCUCCAGGAGCUCACCAGAUAUGAUGCGAGAACUGGGUCUUUUGCUAUGUAAUUUGGUGACUGUUGUUCCCGAAGGAAUUGUAGUCUUCUUUCCUUCUUUCGAUUACGAAAAUAGAGUCUACGAAAAUUGGGAGUCAUCUGGCAUCCUUGAAAGGAUUUCAAAGAGGAAGCGUGUCUUUAGGGAGCCUAGAAAUAACAUGGAUGUUGAAUCUGUACUCAAGGAAUAUAAAGAUACCAUUGAUACAUUAUCGGGUAUGAAUUCAGAAGUGAACCAAUCAUCUCAUAGUGGUGCAAUACUCCUUGCUGUUGUUGGUGCGAAGUUAUCUGAGGGGAUCAACUUAAGUGAUGGGAUGGGCCGAUGUAUAGUCAUGGUUGGACUGCCAUAUGCUAGCCCGUCAGACAUCGAGUUGUUGGAGAGGAUAAAGCACAUUGAAGGUUUUCAAAAUUUAAAGCUCCAUGAGAAUCCUAGCUUUUCUGCCAGUUAUGAUCUAUACAGUGGAGAUGUCAAAGGUGGUUUUGACAUCUUAAGAAGUUGCAGUCACAGAGGAAAAGAGUACUAUGAGAAUCUCUGCAUGAAAGCUGUAAAUCAAUCAAUAGGUAGAGCAAUCCGUCACAUUAAUGACUAUGCAGCAAUUUUGUUGGUUGACACAAGGUAUGCAUCGGAUUCCUCGAAAUGGAGCUUUGCUCACCCAGUCACUAAGCUCCCCCAGUGGAUAAAAGGUCGUCUUGUUUCUUCUACCACUAACUAUGGAGAGGUACAUAGGUUGUUGCAUCAGUUUUUCAAACUCAAAAAGACAUGCUGCCAUUAGUCCCUUAAGCAGAUCUCAUAAAAGCCGCAUUAUAUUACUGCUGAACCUAAAACAACUUGAACUAUUUAUACUUUUUACUUCACAAAGGUUCUUUAUAAGAUUUAAAAAAAAAAAACUUGAAAUUGGGCUGAGUAGUAAAUAGCUCAAGCUGUUUCACGUUCAGCAGUAAGCCAGUUCAGAUACCAAAAUGAGUUAGCAAAUCAAAACAUGCAAAACCCUAGUUUGUGUAUCGACGUCUGGUUGUUACUCGUUUUCAUUAUCAGAGUGCGUGAUAGAUACACGAAUUUGCAUGCAACCUAAAAAAAUUGCCGUUAUCCUACUCUGAAUGAUGUUGUACAAAUUUUUCGUGGAAGAUUGGCUAUUCUGUAUGUAAUAUUUUAUCUCCGGUAUGGCUUCUCUGCACAGUUCUUUUUAGAACUGCAAGGAAUUCAAGCCUUAAUAAAAAUGUAUUUUGACAUAUAAAAAAAAUGAAUAACAAACAUGAUUUACAUUUAUUUGAA